AAAACAAGUACAAACCGUUGAGUGUUGACAGUGAAUGACAAAAUGCUGGUGGAAAAUAGAUUUGAAUGUGACAUGGAGACGAUUCUCUCCUGCUCUGAGGAGGAGAAACUAUAUUUCAAAAGGUUAAACAAGUACCUGCACGACUGCAGAACGAAAAUCACGAAAUUCGUGGAGGUAGAAUCAAAUAAGGGCAAAGGUACAUCGACCAGGUUAGAACAGGAUAAAGAACUGAUCGCACAAUUAUCCACUGACAUCAGAACCCUCGAGACUCAGCUAGAUAAUAUCCUGUUAAACCAAAAAAUAUCGAAUAAGAAACUCGAAAAUACGAUAGCCACGGAUGAAACUUUGAAUGCCGACAUUUGCAGAGAAAAAGAAAUCAGAGAGGCUCUCGCCCUGGAGACAGUCGACCUACAACAACAACUGGAGACACAGAAGGAGGCGAAGAAGAAGGAAUGGAAUGCCAUCAAGAUGGCGAUAGCGAUUUACAAAGAGAAGUUGAAUAUUCACAUUGAUGUCCAGCACCAGGAGAACCAUGACACCCUAACAGUUACGUUAGUCCACGAUGAAAAUCCAAACCGAGACAAUAAUUACGUGGUUCUCCAGCACUCCGAGGGUGCAUGGCGAGUGUCGAAUAUUCAACCACCACUGAGUGACAAGGACCUCACCGCAAUAAACUUGAAUCAGUCUCGAGACUACGAGAUUCUCGAAAUCACGAGAUUUCUGUGUCAAAUAAGAAAUAUUUUUUUAAAACAUGACGUCAGCGAUAAAUAAUACUUUAUUGAUUCGAAUGAACAUCAAGAAAUACUCGUUUUUUAGAAGAGUAAAGCCUUUAUUGAUAAAAAUUAGGAUAUCUAGAAACUUUUUUUUUUAAUCUCUCGUCAACUUUUCCUUUCCACGUUUACAGACAUACGAUUCGUUACAUAUACAUGUCAAUUUUUAUUUUGAUCAACGAUGAACGCUUUUCUUAUCAAAAUAUAACGUUUUGUCGUUAUUUUGCAAUAAUAGGUUUUUUUCUUCUCUAUUUGCAGAGAUCAAUAAUAAAGUUACAUUUCACAUUCCUUUCAAUUUUCUUUAGACUUAGAGAUCUGUUAACUGUCUUCAUGUACCUUCGCAGUGAUGAAAAGAAAAUUGAUUGAAAAAAAAA